GUAAAUGUCAGCUGUGUUUGUCACUCUGCCCAAAACAUUCCAAAAAUGAUUAUUUUUGGCGUUUAUAUAGUGAGUAAAUCUGGCGGCCUGAUAUUCAAUCUGGAUAAUAAUGUGCCACGAAUAGAGCACGAGAAGACAUUCACAUACCCGCUGGACCUGGUGCUCGACUACGAUCCCAAGAAAAUCUCAGUUGCUUUUAACCGCAAAGACGGCAUAAACGUUGGCCAUGUGCUUGUCGCCGUCAAUGGCAUGCCGGUCAAUGGAGCGACACUGGAGGAUGGACGGGAUGUUAAAACGACACUGGAGUCGGCUGACAACUUUCCCAUAAACCUCAAGUUUAGUCGACCCAAAAUGACGACAAAUGAAAAAAUCUUUCUAGCGAGCAUGUUCUAUCCACUCUUCGCCAUCGCCAGCCAACUGAGCCCGGAACCAAAGAGUUCCGGCAUUGAGAUAUUAGAAGCGGACACCUUUACACUGCAUUGUUUUCAAACGCUCACGGGCGUCAAGUUUAUUGUGAUCUCGGAAACGGGCCUCAACGGCAUGGAUAUAUUGCUGAAGAAGGUCUACGAACUGUAUUCGGAUUACGUACUCAAGAAUCCCUUCUAUUCCCUAGAAAUGCCCAUACGCUGCGAGUUGUUUGAUAAUAAACUACAGGAGCUGUUAUCGCAGGUCGAAAAAACGGGCAUAUAUAAUAUUGACAAAUAAAAAUAAUAUUUUGUUAAAUUAUCGAAUAA